UAUAUAUAAAUAAGUAAAGGUUUCGAUGAUUUUGGUCCGACAUUAAUAGAGGGAAACAACAUCAUCGUCCAUCAUCUGUUUCUUAUUGUUUCUCUUACACACACGAACGAAGUACAUCGCCAACACAGCAUCAGAUAUGAGAACUCCAUCUUCCUCUCACAAAAGUGGACUUAACAAAGGCACUUGGACUCCAGAGGAAGAUGCCAAGUUAAUAGCUUAUAUCACUCGUUAUGGCUCUUGGAAUUGGCGCCAACUCCCAAGAUUUGCAGGACUGGCAAGGUGUGGAAAGAGCUGCAGGCUUAGGUGGCUAAAUUAUCUCAGGCCCAACAUAAAAAGAGGGAACUAUACUAAAGAAGAAGAAGAGAUUAUAAUCAGACUGCACGAAAAGCUGGGUAACAAAUGGUCUGUGAUUGCCACUCAUUUACCCGGAAGAACAGAUAACGAAAUAAAGAACCACUGGCACACCACUCUCAAAAAGCGUUUUGGAAAGAACACAGUUCACCCCAAUAAAAAAAUGAAAGCCACAAAAUCAAAUAGUUCUGGAUCCAAGCAAAUUCAGAACGUUGGUUUCUUUCACAGUAGUUCUACAAUAACAACUUCUGAAACCUCUGAUUCUGUCCCUUUGUCCCCAAGAGAAUUCUCGUCCACAACCUCGGACUAUACCACAGUUGUCACUAACGAAAAUUUCUUACUGGAAGACGGGUUCGAUUUUCUAGAAGCAUGCUUAGAGGACGUGAACGAGAAUAUUUGGACAGAGACAAAUGCAGCUAGCAUUUCCAAUUCCAAGACCCCAAUGCUAGAUAAUGGUAAUGGUAGUAAUUUUCAUGGUUCAGAUGCUGCAGGGCCCAUCAUGGAAUAUAACGAAAAUUUGGUUCUGGAGAAUGAUGAAUUUGCGUUUCUAGAAGCAUUGCAGCCAACAGUAACAACUGAGAAUUUUUUGACAGACAUGUCCCUUGUUCCAAACGAAUUACUUGCCCCUUUGGUGAACGAAUCUGAGGAAUACUUUUCUUCCUUGUACGAUGUGGACCUUUGGUGUCCCAGUAAUUUCCAUGAUUUGCACGUGGGCUUAUUGCAAUGAAUGAAUAAAUUGUUUUUCUUUUUAACCUCA